CAAAGACAUUGGAUAUUGGAUUAGGAAGUUGAUUCAAACAGUCUACUAAAACGUCGAUCUACCUCCGGCGGGCUCGAGGACUUUCCUGUGAUGAUAUAUGCUCUCAACUUACUGCACUUUAUGCUUCUUUAUAUUUGCCCAUAAUGGAUGGCAAUUUGUCAGUUUUGUAUCCAGAUUGUAAUAUUCUCCCAUUUGACUCUGUUGAUGAUAAUCUGAUGAACUAUCCUAGGUCGUAUUCCAAUAGCUGUGGUCUAACAUCAAGCGCAUAUCUGAAUGAAUUCCAAAACGUAAAGGAUGAUUCACAAGAUUUCACACAGAAGCACAUGUCUGGUAGAAAAACGUUCACGUGUCCUAAGUGCAACAGUUUUUAUUCUAAGGACAACAACUGGUGCUCCAGCUGCGGAGAGCUACUAAUUGGCGCGGAAGUAUGUUCUCCAGGUGAACCAAAAUUCAUCUCAAAUGAAGUUUCAAAGACACAGACUAAUAUGAUGGAUUCGAUUAACCCUUUAUCUAAUAUUUCUUCAAGUGUACCCAUUAGUUUCAAUAUGUCUUGUGAGAAUGCUACACACUCGCCCAAUUUAGUUGCUUAUCCAUGUCAUCCAAUAUUACCCGUCGCUACAGAUGUAGCGUUUUCUUUACCAUCUUGUUUAGCGUCAGCAUUCUCACCAGGAAAUCUAAAUGCACAGAAUUCAGAGUGGAGCAAUUCAUCAUUCUCACCGUCAAAGCAGUUUGAUCAAUUAUGUCAUAACAAAGCAAACAUUCCUUUUUGUGUACCGGUUGACCCUUCAUUUUCGAGAUAUAAAAACUUUGGGAUUUUGCAGAAUGCCUCCGCUGACCAAAAACAGUAUCAAGUUGUAAAUAAUAACGAAUACACUGAUCCUAGCGACUUCACAUUGUUGUAUCCUAAAGAAAAUGGUUUUACUCAAUCCAUACUAUGGAAUUCUAAACAUUUUAAUGAUGAUAAAAGUUGCAGUCAGUUUUCUCAUCUAUUUACCAAUGUUUCUGAUUAUCGUCAUCGUCGUACAUCUGGUCCAGGCAUGCAGAAUAAAUUAACAAAUGAUCAUAGUAGCUUGGAAAAUGUAUAUCAUGCUAACAGUAUUCCUUCCAGUUAUCAUCUGACUACCAAUACUUCACCAAUGAAUUUAUUGAUAAACACUUCCCAAGGCCAGUAUACAUUUUCAGAUAAUUGGUGGAAUAAUUCUUCAGCGUCACAGAUUGUAGCCGACCUUUUGAGGGAAACACAAAUUUCGGUUUCAGCUAACACUAAUAUUCCUCCUAAGUCAGCAUUAUACCAGCCAUGGCAAUACCGAGAAAUGAUUCCCUCAGCCAGUAAAAGUCCUUCAGCAUCACGCAAAGGUGUUCGCAUGCGUGGUGGAUAUUGUCGUCGUAAACACCCAUCUGAAUGUUCCAGAACUCAGCUUAAUAAUCCUACUUCUAUUCAAAAUCCAGCCAUCUGUCGUGCCCGUAGUUUUAGUUCAGAUUUUGAAGAUAAUAAUAACGGUGGUACUCAUUCAUCAAAAUUGCAACCCAAUCCUAAUUGGCAGUCAUCUAGAACAGCCUGGUCGGCACAUGAUCCUGCAGUAUUAAAAAAGAAACCUGCUGCAUAUUUAAGAGCAUCAUAUAGUCAAGGAAAUGUUGCUUCUGUUCAGCUUGAAUGUAAUGCAAAUAUUUGCAGGAAACUAAAACCAAACAGUCAACCAGACAAAUCUCAGCAGUCACCUCUUCCGUGUUCAAACAGUAAGUCAUGUAGUCAAAAGGUCAAAUCGAACAACACUACUGGAUCAUCUCCAGACAAUCGUUCAGAAUGGAAUGAUACACAUGCCAAGUCAAAUCGUUGUCAUCAUCACCCACCAAGACGUAAUCGUCGUUAUAUAUCGAAGAGCCUUAGUGUUUGCAUGGAUGGUACAACAACAAACAGUCCAGUCGCUAGUAUACUGAAAGAGGGAAUUCCAACAAAUGUUCAUACUAAUAAAAUUAGCGAACCUAAAAAUGAGUUUAUUACAUCAAACUGGCUACUGUUGCCCGAUGAAUUAUGGCUUGAAGUACUACGAUAUUUAAGUCCAGUAGAUCGUGUACGGGUUGCUCAAACUUGUCGACAUUUGUCCAGACUUUCAAUGGAUCGUUCAUUAUGGCGAGUCAUCCAUCUUCACCGACAACAUCAUUUGACUGAUGCAGAUUUAGUGAGAAUUGGAAAUCUUAAACCGAAAGAAUUACGUUUCACUUAUUGUCGUGGUGACAGCCUAACAGCUACAGGAUUAAAACGCAUGUUUCUUGUCUGUGGUCCAGGAUUACAAAAACUGUCAUUAAUUGGUUGUACUAAAGGACCAUUUGAUCAAGAUCUACCAUUGAGAAUAGUUGCUGAUCAUUGUCAUAAUUUACAACAUGUGAAUGCAAGUUAUACUCAAUCAGUACGUGAUCAAACUGUGAUUGCUCUAGCUAAAUCUGCCACGCAUUUAAUUAGUGUGAAAUUGAAUGGCGCCCAACAAAUAAGUAAUGCUGCUAUACAACAAUUGGUUCAUUAUCAUCAAAAUACUCUUGAGCGUUUAGAGUUGUUUGGAUGUUUUCGUUUAAAUUCAAGUAUAUUGGCUUUAUUGGGACAGUGUCAAGAAUUGAGAGCACUAGCAUUUGGACAUCUCCAUCAUUUAUCUUCAGAUGGUUUAUUAGAACUUGUCAGCAAACUACCUCACCUUUCUUCACUUGAUCUACGAGGAACACAAACCUUCAGUGAUGAUAAUAAUCUUUCUCAGUUAGCAGCCAAAUGUCCUCAUUUAGAAGAAGUUGUUUUAGCUAAUAUGCAUUCUUUAAAACGUGAAACUGGGAUUGCCCAAAUGUUACGCCGUUUGCCUCGUUUGCGUGUACUCGAUCUGUGUGGUCUAGCCGCCGUUGGUGAUUUAACUAUGGAGGUUUUAGCCACCAGUUGUCCUCAACUAGAAGAACUUGAUGUCAGUUGUACUUCUGUUACCCAAAAAGGUUUAUUCCAUCUAACAAAUGCUCCUGCAGUAUGCUUAAAAUGUUUACGAAUUAGCCAUUGUAGAGAAAUAACCAGUGAUGUACUUGAAAAGUUGAUUGAAGCCUGUCCUAAAUUAACAUUAUUGUACGCCUAUGGAUUUGUUUCCAUUAAUGAUUGGGGCUUCCUUCAAAAGAUACGUCCUAGUUUAUUAGUGGAGAAAGGUAUUUAACUCAAUCAAUCCAUCAAUUUGAUGUUUAUUACAUAUUCAAUUCUAUGGAGAAGUAAAAUUAUAAAAAAAAAUAAAUACCAUGAAAAUAGUAAUGAGUGUGCAGUUAGUAAAAUUACUGAUCUACAAAAUUAAUGAAAAAAAACGUACUUCUUUUUUGACUACAUUUUAAUCUUAUUCUAUUGUGUUAAGUUACUUACUUACUUACAUAUUAACGGCUGUUACCCGUCUUGGGAGAAGCAUAGACCACCCAUCAGGAUUAAUGUACUACUAUUAAUCAUAAAUUACAAAAUGGGAAAAAAAAGAACACAUUAACUAUCAAUAAAUUCACUUUCAAAAGAAAAAAAACAAAAGGAUACGUUGAUCCAGAAAGAGAAUUUUUCAUUUAUCUUCUUUAAAAUAAAAUAUUGUUAAAAACCUCAUAUACCUUGUAAAUGAGUUAUCUUAGUUCCGGUGAAUUUCUGCACUGUUCCAAUACUAAGUAAGUGUUUUUAUUCAGUUUGUUUUUGUGUGUUAUUGUUGUUGUUGUUGUUAUUGCACUUUAAUACUAAUAUAUAUUAGUAAUACUUGUAAUUAUUUAUUUCAGUUUGUAUAGUUCAGUUGACUAUCAUCAUCUAAUCAAGUAUAAUUUAUCACUUACUAUUCAAUGCAUCUUUGAAUAAUAUUUAGAAUAAUACAAAAUUAGUUGAUAAUUGAAUUGUAUACACCUAUUAUAUUACUGCUUAUUUACUUAAAUAGAUAGAUAGAUAGAUACGCAUUUUUCUCCCUUCCCCCCCCCCUUUGAAUUGCUUAUUUCAUCAUUAUCAUCAUCCCUAUAAUCUUUCUACGUUUGUUUCCCUUUUUCUUGUUGUUGUUGUUGUUUUAUUAAAUUAACUAAUAAUGUUUUAUUUGAAUAACAAUAUUUUAAUCUUAUAAUUGUUACCUUAAUUUUUUCUUUAUAUAGUAAACAAAUUCAUUUCAAUUCGUAUUAUACACUACUUAUUUGUUUAUUUAUUUAUUUCAAAUACCCUUUACAUACUACUUAUUUAGAUUUAUUGAUUAUUUAUCUUAAAUAAAUAAUCAGGAUGAUGUGUCUAUGAUUGAGUGAUUGAUUGAUUGAUUGAUGGUUAUCAUUUCAUGAUCCUAAUUUAUUGGUUGUUUGUUUGUUGACGAAAGGGUACGUAUCUAUUUAAGGUUUAUAUUCAUGUUUAAUCAAGUUUAAUGGAAUUGAAAAAGAAAGAAAUAGAUUAUCUAAUUCAUUCUAAUAUCAAUCAACUAAACACACCUAUAUAUAGAUAUAUUCUUUUCUUGCCGUCAUUUUUAGCGGGUUUUUUUGAAUGAUGAUGAUCAUCAUAAUCAUUAUUAUUAUUACUAUUAUGAUCAUAUUAUACUGAACUAUUAGUUGUUGUUGUUGAAUGCACUGUGUCCAGUGAAACAUUCAUUCUAUCAAAUUGUAACAAAUUUUGUUCUUUUCAAUCUUUUGUUUGUUUCUCAUACAUUUCCUUCUCCUUAGCCUGUUAUACAAUUCACUUGUAUGUAUUGUAUAUUUUUAUUAUUAUUAUGAUUACUUUCAUCAUUAUCUGGACAAAUAACAUGGUAUCGUUAAUUAAAUCCAUUGUAUAUUGUCGAAAUAUUUAUUGUUCAUUUGACAUUAUGCUCAUAUUCUGUUCCAUUAUCGUUUUGUCUUGUUAGUACUUAACUUUCUCUUCUCUUGUAUAAUCGGAUUGUUACAAUUUCUUUUCCUACACUUAUUACCUGGUGGUUAAGUUGUGCAUCUAAUUAUCUAUUUUUACGUUCGUUUGUUUCCCAGCAUGAUUGAUUAAAUCCUUUCAAUCACUAUAUAUAUAUACACAUUGUAAUUAAGGCAGUGUUAAACAUGAAACAAUAAUAUAAGUUUUUAGACAUAAACUAAUGUUAUUACUUACAUUGUAUAUCAUAUUGAUCAUUACAUAAUUUCAAUAUACAUAAUUAUAUUACUAUUAUCAUUGUGCUUAUUAGUGUUAACACAUACUUAGUUACUUCUUUAUACAUAAGUAGUUUCAGUCUUUCGGCUAAUGUUUACUUAUUGUCUUUACUGUUGUUCUUGCUAUUAUUGUUGUUGUUUUGAAGAAAAAAAACAAACAAAAGAAAACACUUAAAUGAAGCGAAAAAAAGGUUUCCAGUUGAAAAAAAACAAGAGAGAAUUAACCUUUCCGAUUGAUUCUGUUCUGUUUUCUUUCUUUUUUUUUCUUUGGAAUAACGAUAUUUGUUUGUGUUUCUUUUCUUUCUUUCGUAUUUAAAAGUUCUUUAAUAUGAAUUAGAUGGUAUGAUAAGUUUGUUACAUAUGUUCUUAAAUAGUUUAACAUUUAUCCAUAAUAGUCAUUGGUUAAAGUUGUUGUACUUAACAUCAUAACAAAAUGAACUGAAAGAAACAUACACGAAAAUUAAGAAACUAAACAUGAACUAUUCACUUGGUGUUGUUUUACUUAUAUCUACCCAUUUAUGUUUAGGACUGCAAUUGAUCAG